AGAUGGCAAAGGGAAAACAGGUAGCGCGUGAAAUCGAGAUCCAGAGCAACUUGCGCCAUCCCAAUAUCCUCCAGCUAUACGGGCAUUUUCAUGAUCGGAAACGAAUAAUCCUGUGUCUCGAGUACGCUGGAAAGGGGGUAUUAUACAAGCGUCUGCAGAAACAAGGCCGAUUCCCAGAGUGGAAGGCAGCGCAGUACAUUGCACAAAUGGCAACGGCUUUGCGAUACCUACAUCGCAAACACGUCAAUCAUCGGGAUAUUAAGCCCGAAAAUAUUCUCGUUGGUCUCCAUGGGGAGCUUAAGAUGUCAGAUUUUGGCUGGAGCGUUCAUGCGCCAAGUGGUCGACGGCUCACGCAGUGUGGGACACUCGACCAUUUUCCCCCGGAGAUAGUGGAUCCGAAGAGACAGGAGAAGCUGUAUGACGGAAUGGUAGAUUUAUGGUCUCUGGGGGCUUUGCUGUAUGAGUUCCUGGUUGGAAACGCGCCGUUCGAGGACACGCCUGUUAUGACACAGAGACGAAUCGUGAAGGGGGACAUGACGGUGCCCUCUUUUGUCAGCCCCGAAGCUAAGGAUCUGAUCCAAAAAGUGAGAUUAUCCUAAACAGUAGUAUCACCCAAGUAUUGACAGUGGUCCAGCUACUCGUCGUUGAUUCCGAGAAGAGUAUUUCUCUGAAGGAAAUCCGAGACCAUCCCUGGAUACUUAAGCACUGCGCAAGCGGCGGAAAACAAGAUAGAGAUUGAGCCACAAGGGAACCAAUAAAGGCAUUGUUGUAAAUACCAGGAUCGGAGUUUGAUGGCAUGCCUUGAGCGGUUCCGCUAGAUUGGUAAUGCAUUUUACCAAAUGAAGCUUGUCAGAAUUUACUUUCGAGAUUGUUCGGGCAAAGAGGACGUAGCUACAGUACGGUGUAGUUCCUCCGUACAGUUGGGAGGCAUCUGACAGCUCCACAGUUCUG